ACGGGCAAUAACAUGCGCAAGAAAGGCAUGCCCAAUCCGGACCAGCGCCAUUUCAACCUGGCCGUGGAGCUCUUGGCCGAGCUCGACGAUGGCUCUCGCGUUCCACUGGCCGUGCAUCAUUCAGGCCCCAUCAUCGUUCGCGCCAGCAACCCAGGCCAGUACGACAACGAGGGUGCCAACCAAUGGCGCCUGGGUCGGGGCGUGGCCAAUUCUGUUGUCCACCAUGGCAACGUGGGAAUCAACACGGACAAACCCACCGAAGCACUCAGCGUGCAUGGAAACAUCCGACUCACCGGCACGAUGCUGCAAACCUCCGAUUCGCGCGUCAAGGAGGACAUUCAGCCCGUGGACACGGCGGAACAGCUCGGCAACAUUCGACGCCUCGAGCUGCAACGAUACCGCCUUAAAGAUGCGUGGGCCGAUUCCAUCGGUCGCGCGGCCGACGACAGACAAGAAACGGGCGUUAUUGCUCAACAACUUGAGACAGUCCUGCCCGAUGCUGUUCGCCACACCGGU